AAUUACUUUAUAGGAUGUUUAAAGUAUGAUAAAUUGAAAUUAAUUUGGUAAUUAGAUACUUUAUAGGAUGUUUAAAGUAUGAUUAAUUGAAAUUAAUUUGGUAAUUAGAUUAAUUAUGAAUUGAUUUAACUGUAGUUACUUUAUAGGAUGUUUAAAGUAUGAUUAAUUGAAAUUAAUUUGUUAAUUAGAUUAAUUUUAAAUUGAUUUUCUGUUUUGGAUGAAAUGAUAUGUUAUUAUAUAUUGUGGGAUAGAUUUAAUCAAUUUCUUAAGGAUCUUCUCCCUUUGGGAUAGAAAUUGAUUAUUUCUUAAGGAUCUUCUCCCAACAAAUGAUUGUGUUUGCUUUUAUUACUUUAUUUUUUUUAUUGUUUUAUAUGUUAUUUUAUUAUUGUUUCGACAUUGGGGGGCCGGGUAGACCUAGUAUAGGUUUAGUAAAUUAGGACCACUAUGGUCACUAUAGUUGCUGGUAGAGUCGAGCACUUGGUAGUUAGGAUAGUGGGGUUAUGCUGUCGAAAUUUUCUUAGAUUCAAGUAAUUUAUUGUAUUUGAUUUAUUUUUAUUCUCAAUUAGAAUUUGCAAGAAUGAGUGAUAAUCGAUCGUGGAUGUACGCGAGAUACAAUGAUCGUGCUGCAUUUGAAACGGGACUUGAGAGUUUCCUCGAGUUUGCGAUAAAUCAAACAGCGUAUACAGAUGGAAUUGGUAACAUUAGGUGCCCGUGUAGGAAGUGUAAGAAUAAAGUCUUUGCAUCUGUACCUACAGUCAGAGAACAUGUUACUAGGCGUGGAUUUGUCCACAAUUACACGAACUGGUGUUAUCAAGGGGAAGCACCAGUGUAUAUGCCAGCAGAACAUACUAUAAUGGAUGAGGAUGAUGGGUCAUACAGUAAUUACCAAAGGAUGGUGCAUGAUCAUGCUGGACCUAGUAAUUAUCAAGAUCCUCCAAAUCUUGAGGAGCCGCCUAAUCCUGACGCUCAACAAAUUUAUGACAUGUUGAACGCAGCCGAUAGUCCUCUAUACCCAGACUGUGAUACUUACUCACAGUUAUCCUGGAUGACACAGAUGAUGAGCAUAAAGGUUGAAAAUCACAUGUCAGAGAGAUGUUUUAAUCAGAUAUCUGAGAUGGUUCAAAAGGCUUUACCGAAGGAUAACAACUGCCCUGACAGCUUUUACAGUACGAAGAGAAAUCUGCGCGGGUUGGGUUUGCCAGUAGAGAAGAUUGAUUGUUGCGUUAAUAACUGCAUGUUGUAUUGGGGGGACGACAGUGAGCUAGAGAGUUGUAAUUUUUGUGGUGCAUCACGAUAUAAGGAGAACUUGCGUGCAUCUGGAAGCCGCCGAAAGAAACGUGUGGCCGCCAAACAGAUGCACUAUUUUCCUUUGACGCCCCGACUGCAAAGGUUGUUUGCAUCUGCGGCAACAGCCGAAAAUAUGCGAUGGCAUGCGACUUCAAUAGAAGAUGGGAUCAUGCGCCACCCAGCAGACUCUCCGGCAUGGAAACACUUGAAUUCAGUAUAUCCUGGAUUCACCGAGGAGAUAAGAAAUGUGAGAUUAGGCCUUUCUACAGAUGGUUUUGCCCCAUUUGCACAAUCAGGGCGUCAAUAUUCUUCUUGGCCGGUCAUUGUCACACCGUAUAACUUGCCUCCGUGGUUGUGCAUGAAAGAACAAUUCAUGUUCCUCACUGUCCUCGUGCCUGGGCCAUCUAACCCAAAGAUGAAGUUGGAUGUUUUCUUACAGCCACUGAUACAUGAGUUGAAAUAUUUGUGGGAGGUUGGUGUGAACACUUAUGACAUAUCGUUGCAGCAAAAUUUUCAGAUGCGGGCAGCUCUAAUAUGGACUAUUAGUGAUUUUCCAGCGUACGCUAUGUUGUCUGGGUGGGGUACAGCUGGGAAAUUGGCAUGUCCACACUGUAUGGAGAAUACAGACGCAUUUACACUAACGAAGAGUGGUAAACAAUCGUGGUUUGACAAUCAUCGGAAGUUCUUACCUCGUGACCAUGUGUUUAGGAGAAAUAAGACUUCAUUCUUGAAGAAUAAGACAUGCAAUGUGGGUCCACCAGAACACAGAUCCGGAAUAGAAAUCUUGAAUCAAAUUGAGGGGUUGGGCUUCGUGAAGGUUACCGAAGACUUCGAUAACAAGAACGCUCAACUUGCAAAAUAUGAACAUGUUGGGUGGAAGAAGAAAAGCAUAUUUUGGGAUCUUCCCUAUUGGAAGGACCUUUUGAUUCGACAUAAUCUGGAUGUCAUGCACAUUGAAAAAAAUGUGUUUGAUAAUGUGUUUAAUACCGUCCUCAAUGUGAAGGGGAAGACAAAAGAUACCGAAAAGUCGAGAGAAGAAUUGAACAUCUUCUGUCGACGGCCUGAAUUGAAGAAAGUGGAUGGAUCCCGACUGUAUCCAAAAGCAUGUUAUACGCUUGAAAGGGAUGAAAAGAAAAUCUUACUUCAAUGGAUCAAGAGUCUUAAGUUUCCCGAUGGGUACAUGUCAAAUAUUAGCAGAUGCGUUGAUUUGAACGCUCUGAAGAUGCAUAACAUGAAAAGCCACGACUGUCACGUGUUCAUGCAAUUACUACUACCUGUAGCCUUUAAAGAACUUCUUCCUAAGAAUGUUUGGGAGGCAAUUACAGAGUUAAGUUGUUUCUUUAGAGAAUUAACAGCCCGCAAUAUCUCAAUACAUGAUAUGGGAAUACUCAAUGAGAAGAUAUCAGUUACUCUAUGCAAACUUGAGCGUAUCUUCCCCCCGAGUUUCUUUGAUUCAAUGGAGCACCUACCAGUUCAUUUGGCAGAUGAAGCACGAUUGGCUGGUCCAGUGCAGUAUCGGUGGAUGUAUCCUUUUGAACGAUAUUUGAGGACAUUGAAAAAUCAUAUCAGAAACAAAGCCCAGGUUGAAGCAUCCAUCAGCAAUGCAUAUAUACUAGAGGAAAUGUCCACCUUCUCUUCAUAUUACUUUGAGGAUCAUGUGACUACAAAGUGGAGAAAUUUGCCUCGCAAUAUUGAAGAGUCUGUUGAAGACAGUGAUGAUCCUAAUCAACUCUUAAUCUUCAAACCAGUUGGACGUCCGAUUGGGCGAAUGACAAAGAGAUACAUGGAUCCUAAAGAAUACAUGGCUGCGCAUAUGUAUAUUUUGAGCAAUUGUGCGGAGGUUGCAAACACAUAUAUCAAGAUCUUCGAGGACGAAAUGCGCUACGUAAAUCCUUCACUAACCGAAGCCGAGUUAGAGAGUGCUUUCGACAAGGAUUUUAUGUUGUGGUUUGGCCAUUAUGUGAUUCGCCCUUCUAACAAUGAUUUGAACCCGUAUAUCAAGUCGCUUGCAGCCGGGCCUUUAACUGAGAUUGAGACAUACUCCGGGUAUUUUGUGAAUGGCUAUAGAUUUCACACGACUGAUCUUGAUGGAGAGCGCGCAACUGUGAACAGUGGCGUGUGCAUAAAAGGCUCGGCCUAUGGUAGAGAUGUGCAAGACUUUUAUGGGCGUCUACAAGAGGUGUGUGUGCUGGAGUAUGGGGGGUAUCCAAUUAAGAAGACAGUCUUGUUCAAAUGUGAAUGGUUUGACUUGUCUGCUCGGGGAACUUCUAUUGAUACAUACUUCAAGUUGGUAUCAGUGAACCAGACAAGAAAAUAUCAGAAGUAUGAUCCAUUUGUUUUAGCGAGUCAGGCGGUUCAAGUGUUUUACUGUCCCUAUCCCAGUACGAACCAAGCAAAGAAAAACUGGUUGUCAGCAUGCAAAGUCAACGCAAGAUCAAAGGUUGAAGUCUCCACUGCCGCAUCUAACUCAACAUUAGAUCAACCGUUUCAAGAAGAGGUUGUUACUAUUACAUCUACCAACAGUACUGUGGACAUUGACCCACCAAUUCUUGUUCAUCCCCUCGGUGGAAUCGUUGACAUUGAAGAUGACGAUGACCCAGAAGACGACGACCAAUCGUUGACAUCUGAUGACGCCAGUAAUGAUGACGACGCCAGUAAUGAUGAUGACAGUAGUUGAGGUACCAUGUCUCAUCGUAGAGGAUUGUUGGGGUUUGGUAGUCGGUCUUCUAGGCCUGAGGCACAGUCCUCCUCAGGCUCUGGGCCGUAUAUUUCCGCUACUCCAGAGUCUGGUUCCCCUCCACAGAGCGCUGCUGCAUC